UCUUAAUUCGCCAGUAAAACCACCUUGUAUAAAUACGCCUUGGCAGUUGUUCUUAGCAGAAAUAUAUAAAAAUGGCGGAUAUAGAUGGAGAAGAUCCAAAAGAAUAUCGUUGGGAAACAGGAUAUGAGAAAACAUGGGAGGCGAUCAAAGAAGAUGAUGAUGGACUAUUGGAUGGCGCCAUUGCUGAAAUUAUACAAAAGGCUAAGCGCAAACGGCUGGCGCAAAAAACACAACAAAACCGUUUGGGAAUGAUGAGACACCUAUACAUUGUACUGGAUUGUUCCGAGUCAAUGACAGUGCCUGAUUUGAAACCCACUCGAAUGUUAUGUACCUUGAAACUUUUAGAAAUCUUCAUAGAGGAAUUUUUCGACCAGAAUCCUAUCAGCCAGUUAGGCUUAAUCGUAUUGAAAGGCAAACGAGCGGAAAAGCUUACUGAAUUGACUGGAACCUCGAAGUUACAUUUAAAAGCACUUGAAAGCGUUAGUAAAAUUCCACUAACAAGCGAGCCGUCAUUACAAAAUGGUCUAGAUUUGGCCAUGAAAGCAUUAAAAGUUGUACCCAGUCAUGCCUCGCGAGAAAUACUGAUAGUAAUGGGUUCUUUGACAACAUGCGACCCUGUCGACAUCAAUAAUACAAUUGAUGCGCUCAAAGUUGACAGCAUUCGCUGCUCCGUAAUCUCUCUUUCUGCUGAGAUACACGUUUGUCGCCACCUAACACAACAAACGCAAGGUACUUACGGCGCUGUACUUGACGAUGCUCAUUAUCGCGAUCAGUUGCUAGCACACGUAGAUCCGCCUCCAGCAGCGCAAACUCAGGAGAACUCAUUGAUUAAAAUGGGUUUUCCACAUGCUAAGACAGAUGGUGGAAAAGAUCCGCCGCUUUCUAUGUGCAUGUGUCAUAUCGAAAAUACAGAAGAACCAAGUAAACUGACUUCCGGCGGUUAUCAUUGCCCUCAGUGUUUUAGUAAAUAUUGUGAGUUACCAGUUGAAUGCCAGACUUGUGGCUUAACAUUAGUAUCAUCCCCACAUUUGGCUCGCUCUUACCAUCAUCUCUUUCCUGUUCAGCAUUUUACUGAACUGGAAUUUAAUGGGCAGGCGGCAAAUUGCUAUGCUUGUCAAAAACCAUUAACGGAGGCAACGGAUAAAAAUGUAUAUCGCUGUGAAAAAUGCACUCAAAUUUAUUGUAUCGACUGUGACAUUUUUAUUCAUGAAACCUUGCACACCUGCGUUGGGUGCAAUACAGCUAAUUCCCAUAGAAAAUAAAAAUAUUUAUCCCCUUGAGAGGAAAUAGCAGAAGAUACUUGUCAUCUUCGUCGACAUCAUCUGUCGGAUGUUUACAAUUCAUCAUGCGUUUGCUUAAAUAUUUAGAUGAUAUCGAAUAGAUCUAGAACAAUGAUGCCCAAAAAUCCUCCGCUCUUUGUGUCGGAGAAACAAUGUUAAAAUUUUAAUCGAUGUUAUGUAACUAAUAUACAUGGGAAAGUGUAUAUGUAUUCGAGUGUAAAAAUUAUCAAAUCUAAGCACUUCUUAUCCGCUUUCGACCGCUGUGGUGUAGCAGUGCGCGCUUCCACUCCGCAG